UUGAGGAAUGGCGCGAGACACUCAACUCAACCUCUACGCCACCUGCUGCAGCUUAGGUCGACUUCACCGCCCGGACUCCAACCCGGCCCAAGUCGAUGAUAUCACGACGUGCUUUCUUGAAGGGAAGGGCCUGCCUACUUACAUUGCUGAAUAUAUCUAUUGUUUCGUCUCUCGAUCGGACCUGCGCGUCAACACAGGCAACUUCUGUCACCAAAACCUUCUCAGAGAGAGAGAGAGAGAGAGCAUCGUACCGUCGUCACCAUGAUCCUCGGGCCCAUGUCCAGCAUAGACAUCAUAGUCUUCUGCCUUCUGCUCGCACCACAGCUUGUGUUACAGGCUGGCCUGUUCGACACGGUCGCUUGCAUACUGAAUUGCCUCCCAUUCCUACUCCUGCAGCUGCCUUACGAGUUCAUUCGUGACCAGGUGUUCGCCAGGAGCGCCGAUGUGUCCCCAUUCACGCGCCAGGCCUCGAUGUUUGAGGAUUUCGUCAUCCGCUGCGUCCGCUUCGCCUUUGCCAACAUGCCCGCACGCAUCGGCCGGGUUUUUCUGAGCAAGGAAGUUUCAUUACCCUUCCUGAGAUACCGCAUGCUCCGUCACGGGUAUCUUCGACCGCCAGUACACUGGCGCGAGCACAGAGGGAGAGGCUUCAAUGGAAUUUGGGUUGCUGCGGAUCCGACAAAGCGCCCAGAUGUGGUUGUGUACUACAUACACGGUGGUGGAUUUUCGAUGGGCUCGGGGAACUUUUACCUUGAAUUCCUUGUGACAUGGCACACGCUGCUGCGGGAGUCUGGCUUCCAAAAUCCAUCUAUGUUCAUCCUCGAAUACACACUGGUUCCUAAGGCUUGUUAUCCAAAGCCGCUAGAAGAAGCAAUCCGCGGAUACGAAUACGCAGUGUCCAUGGCAGGACAAGCUUCAAAUGUGGUCGUGGCAGGAGAUUCCGCGGGCGGAAGCUUGUCCCUCAGCCUCAUGCUUCAUCUCGGUCGUCAAGAUUCGUCAGAAAAAACUGACGUCCCAGACCAGACGGCGCAGCAACAAAAGCCUGGCAUGGUCGUUCUGAUAAGCCCGUGGGUGACAUUGAUCACGGACGAAAAUAAGACCACGAGCAGUGACUUCCUCAACGCCGAGGCCCUGCGCACGUAUGGGCUUCAGUACAUCGGGGCCGCCGACAUGCACGAUCCGCUCGUGUCGCCUGGGUGUUGUCACGAUGCGGACUGGUGGCGACGGGCGAGCCCCUUAGAAGAAGUGUUUAUCAUUUAUGGAGAGGAGGAGGUUUUCGCACCCGAUGCGCGGAGGUUGAAGAAGAUGCUGCAGGAUUUUGGCAUCACCGCAAGAAGUCACGAGGAACCUUCAGCCAUUCACGCAUGGCCAGUGGUGUCAAUCUUCCUUGUCAGCGACAAAGAGAAGAGGCUGAAAGGCAUCAGACUCAUUGUUGACGAAAUCAGGGGACGGAUGUUGCAGGACAACAUCGUGAAAACGUGAUCGAUGAAACUGUAUGCUGGUCAGUCUAUUUAGCCUUGGCAUAUAAACAGGGUCAAGUGCCACAAAGCGAAGAGAGAGAGAGAGGAAGGGGGGGGAAUGCCGCAUCAGAUUAGAUCAAGUAAUUAAACCCUCAUCGACUUGCUUGACACAG